AUGAAGUCCGUCAUACUGCUAUCUUUACUGGUAGGCCCGUCUCUUUGCCUCGCUGCAGCAUCCAACGCCUAUCUGGAUUGGAAGUCCUUCAAUGCUGUCGGUGCCAACCUAGGCGGCUGGCUCGUACAGGAAUCAACCAUCGACACUGCAUGGUGGGCUCAGUACUCUGGAGGUGCUGUUGACGAAUGGGGUCUUUGUGCCCACCAGGGCUCUCAAUGUGGACCAGUCCUUGAACGUCGAUAUGCCACUUGGAUCACAACUGCGGACAUUGACAUUCUGGGCGCGGCUGGUGUCAACGUCCUUCGCAUCCCAACUACAUAUGCGGCUUGGGUUGAAGUUCCUGGAUCGCAAUUGUACCAUGGCAACCAACAGGCUUUUCUAGCUAGCAUGUCCUCAUAUGCCAUCAAUAAAUUCGGCAUGCAUAUCAUCAUUGACAUCCACUCUCUUCCGGGUGGAGUGAAUGGCUUCCCUUUUGGUGAAGCUGAUGGACACUACGGCUGGUUUAACAACCAGACUGCUCUCAAAUAUUCCUUGGAAGCUGUUGAUGCGGCCAUUUCUUUUAUCCAAAACUCAAACUCUCCACAAUCAUACACUCUGGCGCCAAUCAAUGAGCCUGUCGAUGUCGAGGAUCUCUCUCUCUUUGGAACACCGUAUUGCCUUACCGAUAGUGGUGCCACGUACUUAGCAAACUACAUGCAUCAAGUCAUUGCUAAGGUGGAGGCUAUCAAUAGUAAGAUCCCCAUUAUGUUCCAGGGAAGCUUCAAAGGCGAAGCAUACUGGUCUGCCAACUUUACGGACGACACAAAUCUCGUGUUCGACAUCCACAAUUAUUAUUUCGAAGGUCGAUCCGCGAGCCCAAGCAACGUGACGCAGCUUAUCUGUGCAGAUGCUGUUAACUCGGCUGGCGAUGGAAAAUUCCCGACAUUUGUGGGCGAGUGGUCUAUCCAGACGCAGAUUGCCAACACCUUUGCUUCUCGUGCGAAGAUACUGGAGACCGGCCUUGCUGCGUGGAAAAAGUAUACUCGAGGUAGUGCUUACUGGACCACCAAAUUCACGGGAAAUACCACAGUUGACGGGGAGGGAACCCAGAUGGAUUAUUGGAAUUACGAGACGUUCAUUAAUUUGGGAUAUACGAAGUCAACAUCCGCAGCUGUGUCGUGUUAG